GACACUUCUGAGCUUCUUGUGGGGAAAACUAGCUAAGCUAGCUAGUUCGAUUAGCGGGACGACGCUGGUGGAGGACGUUUUAUUUCAGUUAACAUAGCUAGCAUUUGUAUGUGUGGUACAGAAUUUGUUUAUAGCUUAAUCGGAAAUGUUUUCCCUCUCGUCCACCGUACAGCCACAGGUAACAGUUCCACUAAGUCACCUCAUCAGUGCCCUGCACUCUUUGAAGAGUUCAGUAGUCUGCAGCAGCUCAGUCAAGCCCCCACACAGAGAGAAUACCCCAGAGCAAGAUGUACACAUCACAGAGCCUUCAUGGAACCUAAGAGAUCUGGGAUUGACAGAACUGGGAGUGGGGCAGCUGGAUGCACUUGUGGAUAGGCUGUUGCCCUUUGUGACUGAAAAGGUGUCCUCACCGUCUCCACAAGAAGAAUCAAACCGUUGGAAGACCUCUUAUCUUUCGAUGGACUCCUUCUUUCACAAUAAAUAUGGUUUCUCAUCUACAAAGAUGUGUGGCGUUUCACCAGUUUUUUGCAGACAGACUGUGUGUACAGAUCUAAGGUUCUGGCCAGUAUGGAUUCAAAGUCGGGGAUUUAAGACACUGAAGUCCAAAACGAGGCGUCUCCAGAGUGGAUUCGAACGUGCAGUGGACACGGGCACAUUCACUCCAUCUUUUAUGAAGGGCUUUCUCACACGAGACAAGGGGCAAGAUGCAGAGACUUUAGACAAGCUUCUGAAAAACAGGAACAUUCCUGAAGGCCAUCAGGAUGCCUUUAAAACUGGUUUUGCAGAGGGCUUCUUGAAAGCUCAGGCUCUUACCCAGAGAACACAAGAAUCGUUGAGGAGGACUCGUCUGAUCUUGCUGGUCUUAUUGUUGGUGGGAUUAUAUGGACUGUCCAAAACGCCAUUUCUAUCGGUGCGAUUCCGAACUACAUCAGGCCUGGACUCAGCAGUGGACCCAGUGCAGAUGAAAAACGUCACUUUCGAGCAUGUCAAAGGUGUGGAGGAGGCCAAGAAUGAGCUGCAGGAAGUGGUGGAGUUUCUAAGGAACCCCCAGAAGUUCACCGCCCUAGGCGGGAAGCUUCCCAAAGGGAUACUGCUUGUCGGGCCCCCAGGCACGGGAAAAACGCUGCUGGCCCGGGCUGUGGCCGGGGAGGCUGACGUGCCUUUCUACUACGCCUCUGGAUCAGAGUUCGAUGAGAUGUUUGUCGGCGUUGGCGCCAGCCGUAUCAGGAACCUUUUCCGGGAGGCCAAAGCCAACGCGCCUUGUGUGAUCUUCAUCGAUGAGCUGGACAGCGUAGGCGGGAAGAGAAUUGAGUCUCCCAUGCACCCCUAUUCCAGACAGACCAUCAAUCAGCUGCUGGCUGAGAUGGAUGGGUUUAAACCAAACGAGGGUGUCAUCAUUAUCGGCGCUACUAACUUCCCUGAAGCCUUGGAUAAUGCACUGAUCCGGCCAGGACGCUUUGACAUGCAGGUCACAGUCCCCAGACCAGAUGUAAAGGGACGUACAGAGAUCCUCAAGUGGUACCUCAAAAAAAUCAAAGUAGACCCAGACGUGCAGGCAGAGAUCAUUGCAAGAGGGACGGUGGGCUUCUCCGGUGCUGAGCUGGAGAACCUGGUAAACCAGGCUGCCCUAAAAGCAGCUGUGGAUGGCAAGGACUUGGUGACCAUGAAGGAGCUUGAGUUCGCCAAGGACAAGAUCCUGAUGGGCCCUGAGCGCCGAAGUGCUGAGAUAGACAAUAAAAACAAAAUGAUCACGGCAUAUCAUGAGUCGGGUCAUGCCAUCAUUGCGUACUACACUAAAGACGCCAUGCCCAUCAACAAGGCCACCAUUAUGCCGAGAGGCCCUACUCUGGGGCAUGUGUCCAUGCUGCCAGAGAACGACCGCUGGAGUGAGACGCGGUCUCAACUGCUGGCACAGAUGGACGUCAGCAUGGGCGGCCGAGUGGCGGAGGAGCUCAUCUUUGGCCACGAGAACAUCACCACAGGUGCAUCAAGUGACUUUGACAGUGCUACUAAAAUAGCAAAAAUGAUGGUGACUAGGUUCGGCAUGAGUGAAAAGCUAGGUGUCAUGACAUACACUGAUCUCACCAAGCAAAGCCCAGAGACACAAGCUGUCAUUGAACAGGAAGUCAGGACACUUUUGAGAGAUUCCUAUGAGCGGGCUAAAACCCUCCUGAAGUCUCGUGCCAAAGAGCACAAGAGCCUGGCAGAGGCUUUGCUCAGGUACGAGACGCUGGACGCCAAAGAGAUCCAGAUGGUCCUGGAAGGGAAGACGUUGGCGAGCAGAUGAGAGUGCAGUGCAGGAUGGGCGGGAAAGAGGAGUCGUGUGUUUCUGAAUGUACAUAUGCAAUACGACAUCUUGAGUUUAAAUUCCCAAAAGUGUGCUUGCAAACCUCUUCCUGUGUGUUCUGAGCCAGUCCCCGAGUGUUUUACAGUGCGUGUAACUGACUGAGGAGCACUCAACUUUAUUUUUAAAUUUAAUCUCUACACUACUCCCUCUGUUUGGGCCAAUUUUGGGCUUUUCCAAGUAAUCAGUUCUCAUCCGUGCUAUACGUAUACGACCGUUUACCAAGUAUAGUGGAGAAGUGGUAUAUGUAAAGGAAGGAAAUUUUGAUCACAAAUUGCAAACCUGAAGCAGCCAUGAGUUGGACUGUAGUGCACAAUUAGUGUGCGAGCACUUCCUGCUCCGUCUGGCUCACAGCUCUCUGAGUUGUCCUAGGUGUGGCGAGUAGAAGUUUCUCAUGGUGCAAGGAAAUAAAAAAAUAUUUAACCGAAGAACUAAGGAAUGUCCGCAGCCACUGGGGCGAGUGCAACACAGUUGUAUGUUUAGGACGUGCAAUGUUUUACUUCUUUGUUUGGGAAAGAAAUGCUGCUUCAGAAGUGUCUGUCACUUUUUCAAUUGUUGUCCAGAUCCAAAGAAUAUCAAUCACUUCCUCAGAAUUCCAUGGGGAUGUACAUAAAGCAGUCGACCCUAUACGACCAUAUACUGAAUUAACUGGGUUUUAUUAAUUACAAACUAGAAGAGUAAGAAAUUGGUGGUGUUUAAAGUGGAAUGCAUAACUGUGCCUUUGGUCUGAGGGACAUGCUUAAUCAAGCAGGCUGAGUUAAAGCUUGAAUCUGAAAUUAAGCACCCUUUCUAGGAUUCUGGACUAGUGCAGUGGUUGUAAAACAAGUACGAAGGGAAAUAAAUCCAACAAAAAUAUUUAUUUUAUGCUUCAUUAUAGAAUGAGAUUAAAGAUUGAUAAGCCAUGCAUCAUCGCACGACCUCACGAAAGGUUUGGUUGUCAUUUCAUGUUAUCUAUUGUUGCAUUAGUUAAAACACGUUCUUCUUAAAUCUAAGAAGUUUGGUUUGAUCUAUAUGUAUCUUAUACUGGUAUAAUUUAUUUAUGCAGGCUUAUCUUUGAGUUGACUGCACCACUAUAUACGUCUUCCUUUACCCAAGCUGAGUUGUGUACAUACCAAUAAAAUUAUGUGGGAACAUUUUAUCAUUGUAUAUAAAUGUAUAGAUGAAUAAGCCUGUGGUUUAUUUGAUUUUUAGUUUGAAUCUUGCUUAUUCCUGGUGAGUUGAUUUCCUGAAAUUAAUAAAAGUGAAAUAAGCUAUGCUUAGAAACCUGA